CUUAACCCUGAUGGAUCUCCAGUUUCAAUCCCUGCCGAUUCUUGUCUCCGUUUUCAUACCAAUCUUCGUCGUCUUUUUCUUCUUCUUCUCCAGACUCAGAACAAAAAAGUCAACUCGAAAUCUGCCACCAGGGCCAUGGAAGUUGCCUCUGAUAGGGAAUAUGCACAAUCUGAUUGGCUCUCUUCCCCACAUUGCUCUACACGAAUUGGCCCUGAUAUACGGGCCGGUGAUGCACCUUCAGCUCGGCGAACUCUCGUCCGUUAUAAUUUCAUCACCCGACGCCGCAAAGCAGGUGAUGAAAACCCACGACAUAAACUUCGCAUCAAGGCCGUCGAUCAUCGUGACUGAGAUUCUCAGUUACAACUGCACAAACGUCGGGUUUAGCGAGUACGGUGAUUACUGGAGGCAGCUGAGGAAGAUCUGCACGCUGGAGCUCCUGAGCAUGAAGCGCGUCUCGUCUUUCCGUUCGAUAAGAGAAGAGGCGUUUCUUGAUCUCGCUAGAUGGUUAUUGGAUUAUAAGGAUCAGCCUGCAGCAGUUAAUUUGACGGAGAAGCUCUACUCUUGCGCCUAUUCUCUCAUUUCAAGGGCAACGUUUGGUAAGAAAUCCGAGGCUAACGAGAGAUUGCUAUCCAUAAUCAAAGAAGGUAUCGUGUUGGCGGCGGGGUUUAACGUUGCGGAUGUUUAUCCUUCGAUCAAGUUGCUUCAAAUGAUGAGUGGAUUGAGGAGGAAGGUGAAGAAGCUGCACGGAGAAGCUGAUUGCAUACUUGAUGACAUCAUCCAUGAACACAGAUACAGUAAGAACGAGAAGCAAACAUCAGAUAUUGAUCUGUUAGAUGUUCUUCUCCGAUUCCAGGGCGGCGACGACGGGAUUGAUAUCCCGUUGACAACUGACAACAUUAAAGCUGUAAUCAUGGAUAUGUUGGGUGGUGGGAGUGAGACAUCGGCCACAACAUUGGAUUGGGCAAUGGCGGAAAUGCUAAAGAAUCCAAGAAUCCUGGAAAAGGCACAAGAUGAGGUGAGACGAUUUUUCGACGAUAAAGGAGGAUACGUCGAUGAAUCGAGAAUUCACGAACUGAAGUAUUUAAUGUCGAUUAUCAAAGAGACGCUGAGGAUUCAUGCACCACUACCACUACUACUUCCAAGAAAAUGCAGAGAUAAAUGCGAGAUUAAUGGAUACGAGAUACCGGUGGAUACUAAAAUCAUCGUAAAUGCGUGGGCUAUUAACAGAGACCCUAAGUACUGGCGUAAUCCAGAUUGCUUUGAGCCGGAGAGAUUUCUCGAUGAGGAUUUGGAGGUUGAUUACAAGGGUAAUCAUUUCGAAUAUAUCCCGUUUGGUGCUGGUAGGAGAAUAUGCCCCGGUAUAGCGUUCGGUAUGGCAAAUGUAGAGCUACCACUGGCUAUGUUUCUCUACCAUUUUGAUUGGAAGUUGCCACCUGGAAUGAAGCAUGAAGAAUUGGAUAUGUCGGAAUCAUUUGGGGUCACAGCCAGGAGAAACAAUAAUUUGUUUGUUGUUCCGGUUAUUAAACGACCACUUCCACCGUCUGUCAAAUGAUCGUUGCGUAAUUUCACAGAAAUAACGGAAGUUGUAUGGUGGUUUAUUUUAAUUUUCAUGUAUUGAUGAAUGUUUGUUCAGAAUGAUCAUCGUGU